AUGGCAAAGCUCAAGGAAAUCCUGCCUCUCAAUAACAAAUCCUUCGCCUCUCCUGAGCCAGGCAGCACCAGCUCGAGGAAUGAGCCGACCGGGGGCCGCAAACCCAAGCUGUCCCGCGCAAGCACGCCCAAAGUACGGACCGGCUGUAUCACUUGCAAAAAACGCCACGUCAAAUGCGACGAGGCAAAACCCCGCUGCGGUAACUGCCUUCAGAGUCGACGUCGGUGCGAAGGUUACUUUGUAGGCCCCAGGAAGAAUACCUCGGCCCCUGGUCAAACCUGCUGGGACUCCAGACGAGUCGUCCGCCGAGCCCAUGCCCCGUCACCAGCGGCACAGACGAGGCUGGACACCAGUGCCCGAGACUUCCCGCACGACGCUGGCCUGCUCUACUUCCAAGAGUUUGUCCACCUGCUCAGAGGGCCUUGGAUGGGCGCCGCAGCCGGUGGUGACUUGUGGCUGGUUAUGUUGCCCCAACUCGCCCGCAACAACACCACCCUUCGCUCUGCUGCCAUGGCCAUAGGCGCCCUGAGCGUUUGGUAUCGCCAGUCUGCGUUCGCAUCUCUUCGCGCCGUGACUGCGCCUGAUCACCCGACUCGCCAAGGAGAUGCCCAUUAUUUCCAGGCCGUCGCCCACUACUGCCACUCGCUCAAGCUACAGAGAAGGCGGUCUUCCCUACAGGACGCCGUCUUCUUGUCGGUGCUUUUGCUCUUCUUCGAAACGCUCCGCGGUGACCGAAAGGCUGCCUUGGACCAUGUCAACCACGCCCUGUCUCUGCUGCUGGCCAUCGUGACGGAUGCAGAUGCCGCUACCCAUCUAUCCAAUUUGGCCCCCAGUCCGAGACCCGUCAUCGGCGCCGUGGCAGAGGUCUUUAACCAACUGGCCAGACAAGCUCGCACCGUCUUUCGAGGGAGAAUAAUCGAUGGCCCCCCCCUUCCCGACUUUAAAAGGAGCUUAAGGAACAAGAAGCAAACCAUGGAGUCUUUCCUGGUCCUCCUAAGCCAGAUGAAAAGCGAUUGCUCCACCGAGAGCACGGUGCCCCUCGUCUUCGGGAGUCUAGAUGAGUUCGAGCAAACCUGGCCUGUCGUGCGACGUCACCAGGCUGCGUUGAAUUCCAUUAUGGAAGACAUCGUUCGCAUCGCGGAUGUCAACGGCUUGCAUGACGACGACCCAUUUUCGCGAUUCCAGGUCCAUCUUCUCGAAAACCCUCAUAUCAGGGAGUACUGCACAAACUUCCAAAACUUCAUGGACAGGUUGGACGCCGCGUUUCAGCCCCUUUUCAAAAACAUCCUCUCGUCCGACAUCGAGUCGCCCAGCUACUUACGAGUCGUCCUUCUACGCUUGGAGUUCUUGGGCGCUUACAUUUUCAAUAACGCAGUCUCCUUUAUCACAGUCGACUCUGUCGCAGCUCUGGCCCCCUUGUUCCGCGAAUACCUCUCCCUCAGCCAGAUCGCACUAACAAUGGCCAAGGAGGAAGCCCGGAAAAACCCGGCGACCCAGAUGUCUCUGCAACGCGGACUGGCAUGGUACAUCCUGUUCACGUCGCUUUUCAGCCUCGACCCCGUCAUCCGCGACGAGGCCGUCUGCAUGCUGAGGGACUACCCGGGCCAGGACGGCCUGUGGAACACGCGCGCCCUCUACGCCCUCGCCUUGAGGAACCGUCACAUCGAGCGCCUGAAUGCCGUCGAGGGCACGCCUGAAGAACAGUGGCAGCGGUUGUGGCGCCGGGAAUUCAUGUUUGAAAACGGCGGCGACCGGGUCGUGCUGCGGUAUAAGGACAGGGACGAGUCGACGGGCGCGUGGCAUCUGGUGGAGGAGACGGCCGAGAUCCAGGGAGAGGACGAGGCCGUGCAGUGGGAGCGUCAACCCAUCACGGGACACAGCGGGCUGCUGCUUCUUGACCUGUACACGGCGUCGUCGCAAGACACGGCAACGGUCCUGCCGUCGUGGAAGUAA